CCAAGGCCUCGGGCGCCGACGUGGCCGCGUCCGUGGACGCGCGCAUCGCCGCGCCGCGCCUGGGCAGCUGCCGCAGCUUCUACGUGCGCAGCUAUCCCAGCAAAACUCUCAUGGUGCUGGAGGGUUGCGCGGAGCCGCACUUGGCUUGCUGCAUCCUCCUCCGAGGGGCGCCUUUGCAGGAGCUGGUCCGAGUGAAGAAGGUCGUCAAGUUCAUGCUGCUAGCGUGCUACAAUUGGAAAUUGGAAAAGGCAUUCCUUGGCGACAUUGAGGCCGUCUUGCCCGAAGCCGGGAGGACGUUCGACGACGACAGCGUUGACGACAACGACGUAUUUGACAAGAGCGAUGACGGUUCAAGUGCUAAAAAGACUGAGGCUCAAGAUAGCAACGAACGAAAUUGUUUCAAUAAUGAAUCUGACAACUCUGAAGCUAAAGACGUUUUUGGUGAAAUACCCGAUGCUGCAGCUAAACCAGGUGUUGGCAAUGACGGCAAAGCAAAAACGACUGAUAGCGAACCGAAAACCAACGAACGAACCCCUAAAACAUGUGACAGUCAAUCGAAAGCCAGUGUAAGUAAAACAGAAGAAAAUCAAAUCUCAGAUACGAAAUGUCAAGAAUUGGACGACCCUUUACAGAAAGCGAAGUUUAUGCGCAAAACGGAUAGUGAUAAAACUUUGAGUUGUGGAGUGCCGAUUAGAGAUUUUAGUGAUCCCUUACGAGCUACUUUGUCGGUCGAUGACGACGUCUUCCUGCCGAAGGAGGAAGCUAAAUUGAAAGCUGACGAAACGCACGGUGAUAGAUGGUCAACAGACGAUACAGUCCUCUCAAUGUCUCCGAACGUAAUAAUACCAGCGCCCUACCUCGAAACCGAGGCAGGCCGAAAGUGCCCGUUGAGAGUCUACUUCCCUAAGCCUCUGUUGAGCGUGCCUUCAAAGGCUCCUCACACUCCUCGCACGCAACAUCGCAGAAUCAGUCGACCGCAUCAGACUAACGUAACCUUAAAGGAGGUUCACCCAUUCAUCGCGAAUCCGAUAACAACUUCGGCAGAUGACAUCGCGUUUAAGGCUGCACUCUCGCAUUACAGAGCUACGGGCUGCCGUUUGGUCAACAACAAUCACGCGCAGGGCUGUCCCCUCUACAAGCCGUCAGUGGUAAAGAAAGUCCUCAAACAGCCAGAGCUUGAGUCUUCAGACAAACAGGCUGAUCAGAAAGAGCCACUUGACCCGCUGGCUCCCGAGAGCCACCAGCGGCUGAGUCUACUGCUGUACAGCUAUAGCAACAAGUCGCCCAAUGUGCCCGACUUCUGCGUCAACCCCUGGAUAGCGACGAUGGAGAUGUAUGGUCGCCAUGACAUCUCGUUGGGCGCGUUCCUCGAGAAGUACUGCUUCAGCGAGCACAAAUGCACUUCGCCUAAUUGCAACGUGCCUAUGAACCAGCACAUUCGCAGAUUCGUCCACGGCGACGUUUGUAUUACCAUCACGUGCAACACUGUCGGUCAUAGCAAUAUGGAUAAGAUGAAAGAAGAACAGAGUAAACAGGUGAUGUUCUGGUCGCGCUGCGAGCAGUGCGGCAGCGUGGGCCGCGCCGCGCGCAUGUCGCCGCGCGCGCUGGCGCUGUCGCUGGCGCAGUACGUGCGCCUGCGCAUGGCCGCGCCGCGCUACGUGCGCCGCCGCCUCUGCGCGCACCCGCUGCACGCGCACGCGCACGCCUUCGUCUGCCGGCUCACCACCGCCUGCUUCAGGUACAGCAAAGUGGCGACCUUCGAGAUCGAGCUGCCGCCCGAGGUCAUCCACACGCGGUACGACACCAAGCAGAUGCGGGACGCGCUCAUCAACCAGCUCAACGAGUUGAUGCUCAAAGGCCACGAAACGUUCAGCGGAGUGGCGGACGGCGAGGCGGAGAAGGAGUACCAGGUGUUCAAACAGCAGAUGGAGCAUUUACAUCUCGCGCUUACCUCGUCGCAUCUGCAAGAACAUACUUCACUCGCAGGUGUGGUGCGCAGCUUGUGGAGUGUGUCCGACCGCAUAAUCGCAGGCGAGAAGAUGCUACGCGACGCUAACGACAUGUGGACCAGCCCACCUGCCAAGCCCAACAAACCCCUGCCCGACACCAUCGUGGAAGAAAAAUCCGACGUCGAAGACUCUGGAGACGCAGGCACGGACUCAGAUAACACUUCGAAGGAAUUGGAAAAAGAACAUGGCGCUGAAGAGGACGAAGAGAAAGCCGACAAGAAAACUGUGCGACAGAUCCUCUCGCAACUGCUAUCGAACAACCAGACUGCGAAUCAGAGCGGCAUGAUAAUUUCAAGCGGAUUAGUUCCCGUGGUUGUAAUGGCGGGCGAGAUUGGUUCCGUGAUAGCUGCCACCCUGGCGUCAGUGACGUACCAACGAACAUUGGCGUCGCAUAAAAACACUCACUCCGAUUUGGAAGACACUGAAAAUCUAAACACGAAAGAGAAAACCGACGCGGACAAGAGCAAGGCGAGAAAUAAUGACCAUAUUGAAGUUUUACUUAAGGACGGCCUAGUCUGUCGCGUGUACUACGCCUCACAGUUCCAUAAACUUCGCCACACGCUACUCGCUCCGCUGUCGUCGAACCCGUACAUCGUGGACGAGUUCGCCUCGCAGACCAGCGAGGCCAGCGCUCACGACAGCAGAUGCUCCUGCGAAGACGGCAAGGAGAAAAAUGAAAAUAAAAGCCUGUGUGAUAUUGAAGAAGGGUUCAUAAGGUCGCUGGCAUAUUGCGUGCCGUGGGCCGCCAAGGGCGGGAAAUCUGGAUCCACGUUUUGUAAAACCAAAGACGACAGAUACGUGCUAAAGGAAAUGACCAAGCCAGAAUGGCAGCAGUUUCUGGAAUUCGCACCACACUACUUCAGCUACGUCACCAGUUGUCACCAGAAUAAACUACCCAGUCUUUUGGCUCGUAUCCUCGGCGUGUACAGCGUGGGCGGUGCCGGCAACGGCGUGCUGGUGAUGGAGAACGUGUGGUACUCGUGCUCGCAGAAGGCCAAGCGGUUUGACCUUAAGGGCUCCAGCCGCCAUCGCCUAACGAACGACACGCAGCCGCUGGCUGUGCUCAUGGACGAGAAUCUGCUUAACUUGCGGUGGGAGACGCAGCUGUAUGUGGCGUCCCACACCGGCAGCGUGCUGUGGGCGUGCGUGGAGCGGGACACGUCGUUCCUGGCCUCGCAUGACGUCAUGGACUACUCGCUGCUGCUCGGCAUCGACCAGCACACGCUCACGCUCGGCAUCAUCGAUUACAUCCGAACGUUCACUUGGGAUAAAAAGCUGGAGCACCUUGUGAAGAAGAACCUCGGUUCUGGCCAGCCGACAGUGGUGUCGCCACUGGAGUACAAGCGCCGUUUCUUCGCUGCUGCCAGGAAGUACUUUCUGCAGUGUCCCGCGCACUGGGAUCAUUUGUACAACACUAUACACGCGUAGUUACCAAGUUAUUUUCAGACAUGUAAAAUUUUUAGAGCCGCUGCAAUGGGAUCCAUUGGGGAUAUGUCGUCUCUCUCCUUACUAACUGCCGUAUGAGACAUUUUUGUCGUAAGUGGCUAGGUGCAGAUGGAAGUACAUCUGCCGCGUUCUGCAUCUGGAACGUUCACACGUUUUACCCGUUCAUUUGGUUCCGAAUGGAUAAAUGUGAACAGAAGUGUUAUACAAAGCUAACCUUUAACCUGUUUCCGAAAAAUUCGGUAUAACCUCCAGGUUGGAUUAGUGAAUAACGUUUUAAGAAACUUCUUAAGCCAAUUUGGUCUACUAGAAUACAGAAUACACAAACAUUAAGCUGGAAUUCCUUUUAACAUUUUUCUGUGGAAUACAUAAGAAGGCGUCGACUGUACUUGCAGUGAACGAUAACGCGCGAUUAUCUAUACAUAUACACUGUCAGUGCCUAUAAUUCUAAAUGCACUGUCACACGCGUUUAGAAUUAAUUAAAAAAACAUUAUUAUAAAUAUAUUGAAAUUGACAUGAGCGACAACAAAAAUUUGUCCAAUGAGAAAAUAUGGAUCGUAGUUUAUUGGUCGA